UAUUUGUUAUUUGAGUUCUGUAAGUGAUAAGUGAAUUUUAAAAAUAAGUAUCGCAAGUAUGGCUGGACCUUAUUUAUCACCACUUGGACCGCAAGCUGAUCUUCUUACCGAGUACAUGUUCGGCCGACGGCGUCAGGUCAGUAGACGCAACCGUACGACGUUUACCCCUCAGCAGCUCCAAGAGCUCGAGUCUCUCUUCCAGAAGACUCAUUACCCUGAUGUAUUUUUACGUGAAGAAGUUGCCCUGAGGAUUUCCCUGUCGGAAGCACGAGUUCAGGUGUGGUUCCAAAAUCGUCGAGCCAAAUGGAGGAAGCAGGCGCGGCUCCAGCUUCUCCAAGACGCCUGGAGAAUGCGUUGUCUAGGUCUAGGAAGCGCCGCACCACUUCUUCUCCGACCUCCACCAGCUCCAGGAGUUGAAAGAUCCGACUCGUUGACUCCACCGCCUUCUGCUGGUCUUUCGCCGCCCCAAAUAACCUCGGGAUCGCCGGACAAGCUUCCUGAUAAUCCGAACCAUCAAAUCUGUCGAGACUACAGGAUCCUGCCACCCCACGGGUACCCAGUGAGUUGCGAUAAAUCUCCAGAAAGAGUGAAAUGCGGUUGUGGAUCACCGAGAAAUUCAGCCUCGCCAACUGACAUCGAAGUUGAUUUAGCACCAGGAGACAGGCCUCAAGAAUCUGAAAUGGAUCUUACUAUAAAAACACCAAUGCCCACACGUCAUCCGCAAAUACCACCGAUGUUCCAUCAUCAUCUUACGAGUGAACCACAGCAUGAUCUCAGUCCUGCCACGAGGUCCAUGGACGAGCCACUGGAUGUUACUUUAAACGGAAACAGAAACAAUAACUAA